CGCCGCCGCCCCGCUUCCUCCGCCCGUCCCCGCCGGGCGGGUCUGGUGCGUGGCACAGGCUCCGGCAGCCCCGGAGCUUUCUAGAGCCGCCGGGUCCGUCCCGCAGGCAGCGCCCCCGGUCGGUGCCGGCUCCCGUGGCGGGAUCGCGGCGGGGAAGCCGCCUCCAUGGUGCCUCCGGCGGUGCUGCUGCCCUGGGCGCUGCUGGCGCUGCUCGGGGCGGGGGGCGGCGGUGCCUCCGAGCAGGAAGAAAACCUUCUGGUACUUACUGUUGCCACCAAGCAGACAGAGGGAUUCCAACGCUUCAGAAGAUCAGCCCGAUUCUUCAACUACAAAGUCCAGGUGCUGGGGCUGGAUGAGGAAUGGCAGGGUGGAGAUGACAAGAAGCCAGCAGGAGGUGGGCAGAAGGUCCGUCUCUUGAAAUCAGCUUUGAAGCAGUAUGCAGAUAAGGAAGACUUGAUCAUCCUUUUCAUAGAAAGCUAUGAUGUACUUUUUGCUUCGGGCCCCGCAGAACUGCUGAAGAAGUUCAGACAAGCCAAGAGCAAGGUGGUCUUCUCAGCAGAGAAUUACAUCUAUCCUGACAGAAAGUUGGAAGCCAAGUACCCUCAGGUGCGAGACGGAAAGCGCUUCCUGGGUUCUGGAGGCUUCAUAGGUUAUGCUCCAAACCUGAAGAAGCUUGUGGAGGAGUGGAAAGGACAGGAUGAUGACAGUGACCAGCUCUUCUAUACGAAUGUCUUCUUGGAUCCAGAAAAAAGAGAAAGUAUCAACAUCAGUCUAGACCAAAGAAGCCGGAUCUUCCAAAACCUAAAUGGAGCAUUAGAUGAGGUAGUUCUGAAGUUUGAAAACUCACGAGUGAGAGCAAGAAACUUGUUAUAUGACACUCUGCCUGUGGUGAUUCAUGGAAAUGGACCCACCAAGCUGCAGCUGAACUACCUGGGAAACUACAUUCCUCAGAUAUGGACGUUUGAGACUGGCUGCACUGUGUGUGAUGAAGGUCUGCGAAGCCUCACAGGGUUUAAGGACGAGGCAUUGCCAAUGAUCCUGAUUGGCAUUUUCAUCGAGCAGCCCACCCCGUUCCUCUCCCAGUUCUUCUUGCGGCUUCGUAACCUUCAUUACCCAAAGCAACGAAUCCAGCUCUUCAUUCACAACCAUGAGCAACAUCACGUGAUGGAGGUGGAGUCUUUUGUUAAAGGGCAUGGCAAAGAGUAUCUCGCCAUCAAAGUGUUUGGGCCAGAUGAUGAGGUGGAGAAUGCAGAGGCACGUAACUUGGGCAUGGAUCUGUGCAGAAAGGAUCCUGACUGUGACUAUUACUUUAGCCUGGAUGCUGAGAUAGUUCUGAAGAACCCAGAGACUCUAAGGAUCCUGAUCGAACAGAACAAGCUGGUGAUCGCCCCACUGGUAAGCCGCCAUGAGAAGCUGUGGUCAAAUUUCUGGGGAGCGCUGAGCCCUGAUGGAUACUAUGCCCGCUCAGAAGAUUACGUGGAUAUUGUUCAAAGGCGGAGGGUCGGGCUUUGGAACGUUCCCUACAUCAGCAGUGUUUACAUGGUUAAAGCCAAGGCUCUGCGGUCAGAGCUUGACCAGGAAGAUCUCUUCCACAGUGGCAAGCUGGACGCUGACAUGGCUUUCUGCCACAACGUUCGGAGUCAGGGAGUCUUUAUGUACCUGACAAAUCGGCAUCAGUUUGGACACAUACUGUCGCUGGAGAAUUAUCAGACAACUCACCUCCACAACGACCUCUGGCAAAUAUUCAGCAAUCCUGAGGACUGGAGAGAAAAGUACAUCCAUGAAAACUACACAGCAGCUCUGAAAGGGAAAUUGGUAGAAAUGCCCUGCCCAGAUGUUUACUGGUUCCCCAUAUUCACUGACACUGCCUGUGACGAGCUGGUGGAAGAAAUGGAACAUUAUGGGCAGUGGUCCACAGGUGACAACAAGGACAGCAGAAUACAAGGAGGAUAUGAGAACGUCCCAACUAUUGACAUACACAUGAACCAAAUUGGCUUUGAAAGAGAAUGGUAUAAGUUUCUUCUGGAGUAUAUUGCACCCAUCACAGAGAAACUGUACCCAGGAUACUAUACCAAGACUCAGUUUGAGCUUGCCUUUGUAGUUCGCUACAAACCUGACGAGCAGCCCUCUUUAAUGCCCCAUCAUGACGCUUCCACCUUUACCAUUAACAUUGCUUUGAACCGAGUUGGAAUAGACUAUGAGGGAGGAGGCUGCCGGUUCCUGCGCUACAAUUGCUCCAUUCGAGCUCCGCGGAAAGGGUGGACCCUUAUGCAUCCAGGACGCCUGACCCACUAUCAUGAAGGCCUUCCAACUACCAAAGGAACCCGCUAUAUCGCAGUGUCCUUUCUUGACCCCUAGAGCCAUGCUUCACAGGAAGGACCUUUCCCUGGCCCUGCUCACUGCUGACUUUGAGUGGAAAAAGGGAAUGCUGCUGAGAGUUCCUAAGUCAUUGAUCAAAGCUAUUUGGAUAUUGAUUUUGAAUGAUAUUUUAAGACUCCACUACUGGAAGAUCUCCCUGUCUGAUACUGCAGGUAAUAUCUAGGAAUAUUGCUGUAGAAUUUGGAAGGAGAUUUUGUGCCUUCAUAUCUGAUUCUGCACCUCAUCCACUGUUUCUUGGAAAUGCGAUUUACUUGAACCUUCACUGAUUGGUUGACUUUACAAAAAUCCUUUCUUGGACUGGAAAUCCAGCUUUUUGGAGGCAAGUCACAAGCUCUAUCUCCAAGUAGCUGGAAGCCCAUUUUCAUCCACAGCAUGUAUGGGACUGGACAUUAGAUGAUAAUUCCUGGAUACUAUUCCAAAUACGAACCAAUCAGGGAGCUGACUCCAGGAGUCGUUACAGUUAAAUGUCAUACCAGAUGAAACUCAGCAAUAACAGCCUGAAGAUCAUCUGAUUCCUUACCUCUUUGCAGUCCUUGGAAGCAUGUCACAAAGUGCAAAGCAGCAGCAGCGGCAAUAUAGGUGCUUCUGGUUAGCUAAAGGAAGGUCCGCUAAUGAUACUUCACCUCUGGGAUUGGACUGAAGAGAUAAAACAUAGCCUCCCUAUCUGUUAUUACUGCAGCUAAGAGGGACAUGCAUACCCAGACAAAUUCAGGCCAUGUUGGUAUGUGUAGGUAAAGUCUAAUAAAGGGAAGGCUAGAUCAGGCAGGAGGGCUUCACUGCUGAAUUGUCUCUGUUCUAGCCCAUGUUAAGACUGCCAAAAGCUCUAAUCAAUCUUUGGAUAACAACCCAGAGGUCCCAGUGGUCUUUGGUGGCCUCACUCCCUUUCUCAGAGAUGGUUUUGAUAAUUUUCCUUGCAUCUAAUUUGAAUGGCCCAUCAAAGAGGUAUUCUCUGGUACUUAGAGGAAAUCAUUAUUUAGUGUUUCUGUUAUUUGAGAUGCCAAACCAAAACAUGCCACUGUUAAGAGAGGUUAGAAAGGGAAAGGGGAGAAACCUUUUCUGCCCUUGCUUAUCAGACACCGUUAUGCUCUGGGUCUGCCAGACCAGUAUGUUUCACAAGCAAUAAAUUCACAUCAUGAUUGUCCUUUGGGGAAAAAAAGGUCUUCCUUAGUUCUUUGUGGCUCCAGCUUCUACUUCUGAUUGUCAGGUGUAGAGCCCCCACGUCUAGGACAGGUCGCAUUAAUGGAGGCAGAAUAGCUUUAGAUGUGUGAAGCCUAGCAGGGAAUUUUAUACAAUUGGAAUGGACCUGGAGAAGGUGACAUAGACCAUUUUCUGCCGCUUUCCACAUGCUUUUUAGGUCUCUUUCAAGGCUACGCACCCACAUGUGCCCAGGGGAGAAAAAUCCAGGCAGGGACAAUCGGUUUGAAAAUAAAUUUGAAUAAUAAAUCUUGUUAGGUGGAAUCUAGAGCUGUCUAUUACCAACUGAAGGGACUUGAUGGGCCAAUCGUUAAGAAGAUGUCGAAAAGGUGUAUGUAUUUAUUCAGCAGCGGGUUUUUUUUUUUCACUUAUUUUGUUGCGUCUUUCCUCUGCCCAGUGCGGUGGUUGGAAUUAACUCGGAGUCGGUCACACGAGAUGUACGGUUUCUCGCAUUAAACCCGUUCCCCCCCCUUC